GGAGGAAAGCAUAGAUCAUACAUCUAACUAGGUCUAUAAGUUUGGCCUACUUUAGUUAAAGUAUUGAUUUAACGGAAGUGCUUGGCGAUUGAGGAACUCUUCACAAAGAAGGUUACAAACGUCUCCUCAAAAAUGACAAGAAAGCAGCACACUCAUGAUGAUCAAGAAAGAAAAUUGUCAUCGGAAGUUGAUAUCAGCGUUGUUUAUUUAUAACACAGUUAUUGAUUUUAGUUCUUUUACAUUUAACACAUACGUUUGAUCCAAAGGCAGGAUGGACAAUAUAUUGGUAGGGAUCCUGUCUUCUGCACAUCCAGACAGCUUGAAAAAGCAGCUAAUUCAGAAGAUAGCUACCCGAGGUUCUCAGCCACAACCAGUGAAGGUGAUACAAUCAGUCCUAGAAUUGAUGGCUAAAUGGUACCUGGAGGGAGAUUCAGAUGUAGCUCUGAGUGAGGGUCUGUCUGUGUACAAGCUAUGGGCCAAAUACAAUCUGUCUGUGUUUGAGGAAUAUUUCAGUCGUCAGUACCUAUUAACACUCUUGUCUAGUACCUACAGAAAUGAAUCAAAUGCAGUCACCCUUCUCCAUGAGAGCAUGAUUCUUUUGCAGCGCUCACCAGUGUGUAGCAGUCACAUGCAGGUCAUAGAAGCCAAGGCUAUUAGCUACAUCAGAGAACAUCCCUCUCUUCCAUGCAUUUCAAAUUUUGUCAAAUUUUUGAAGGAGUUUCGUUCGUGUAUACCCAAAGGGGACUUUACUGGACGCUUUUGUGUUGCCCUCAUAGAUGCACUAAGUAUCUGUUCUGUUCCCGAUACCCAUGAAGAUGUCCGUCAAUAUGUAUUGGAAGCAGAAAAUGUCUCUAGUCUCAUAAAAGAUAUCUGGGACAAGACCGACUCUGAGGUGGUGAUGAUGUCAUUGAAAGCAAUCUUUGGUAUAAUAUCAUCUAUUGAUGAAGCUGGAGUUGAACCAUCAUUUUGUCUUGGAGCUCUUGCCCAGCAUAUACCAACAGAAAUGUUAAAAAUUGUUGUGAAAUUCACAAUCAACAAUCCUGCCAUUGAUAACUCCAGCAUGACCACAGCCCUUCAGAGGAUUGUUGAUUGGCUGCAGUGGCCGACAGCCAGAAACAUUGACCAAUGGAUCAUAGCGUUCCUUAAGGGUCUAGCAGCAGUCAAACGAUACAGUAUUCUGAUCAAUGUUACAGAGACAAAGAUAGAACAGGUCUUUGAGAAGGUGUCUUUCCCUCUUGUACGCAAUUCUGCCAUCAACGUUUUGUCACACAUGUUGUUCAGCUUUCAACAUUCUCCACAGCCAUUCCAUAAGAUGCUUCCCAUGAUACCUGUCAUAUAUAGGAAACUGAAAGAGGAGAACUCGGCGGAAGCUAUCCAUGGCCUGAGCAGGCUAGCUGAUGUACUACACUGCUGUAUGUACCUCCAUGCUGGCUAUCCUGAUCUCUAUGACUCUGUGCUGGUGCUUUUCAAGGAUUAUCCAAAGCCUGAUGCUGAUACUAUGAGGACUAAGUUGGAUGAAAACAAGUGGACAGCUCAGAAAUCUGAUAGUGCUAAUUACAUAUCAAAAGUCACGCAGAAAUCUGAAACCGGCAAAACAGGACUUUUCAACCUGGGCAAUACCUGCUUCCUGAACAGUGUUAUACAGACCCUGUAUAUGUGUGAUGAUUUUAGGAGAGCAGUUUUAGGACAUGCCCCAUCUCCACACCAACUCCUAAUGGCAAAGCUGCAGUAUGUGUUCGCAUUUCUGAGUCAUACUCAGAGACCUGCCUAUGCAGCGAUGACCUUUCUUAGAGCAGCACGACCCCCAUGGUUCACAGCAGGUCACCAGCAGGACUGCUCCGAGUUCCUCAAAUUCCUAAUUGAUCAGCUGCAUGAACAAGAGGUUCAUGAUCUUAAAAAGGAGAUGUUGGAUCACCAUGGCAGGAAAGAUAAAGAUGGGGAUGUUAACAUGGCUACCAGUCCAAAUAAAUCUGACGACGAUUUCGAAACAACUGUUCGGGAACACUUUGGUGGAAAAAUGGUUACAACUUAUACUUGCUUAAAUUGCAUGAAUGAAUCUUCAAGAAUGGAGCAUUUUAGUGACAUUCCACUGGCAUUUCCCGAUACAGAAAACUCCGGUGAGGGAAUGACAUUAAUAGGGGGUGAUGGUAAGAAAACUUCUCCUAGAGACAAUAAAUUAGGAGAGGAGUCACCAGCCAAGGACAGUACUACAGAGUCAUCGCCAAAGUCUCAGGCGGAGGCAGUGAAACAACUACAUCUGAAUGACUUGCUCCAAUAUUACCUGCAGCCCGAGAAGUUGACGGGUGACAAUAAGUAUCACUGUGAUAAGUGUGGGGGACUUCAGGAAGGAGAGAGGAAACUCAAGGUGCUUAAAGCACCUGAUCACCUUAUCCUCACACUUCUCAGGUUCUCCUAUAAUGUUAAGCUCCAGACAAGGUCAAAGACAUUCCAGGAAGUCAAAUAUCCCAGAACUUUGAUCCUUCCUGUUGAAAACUUGCCAGUUUCUCAAAAGGAGGAUGUGAGUAAAAGGAAGUCACUACGUAGUGCGGUGACUGGACAGAUAGAAAAGUGUGGUGUUAAUGUUAACACUAAACGAGGUGAGGUGUACGGACUUUGUGGGGUGGUAGUCCACUCCGGAACAUCCUCAGACUGUGGUCAUUAUUACUCCUAUGCACGCCACUCGAUUUUCUGUGAUCCUGAUACUAUCUGUGAUAGCCUUCACCACUGUAAGAGUGAGGACGAUGUUGACUUUUUACAGGACAAGUGGUAUUUAUUUAAUGACAAUCGUGUCUCGCAUGCAAGCUAUAGCUCUUUCUGUGAUGUUACGCAGAGAUUUACUAAAGACACUGCAUAUGUUUUGUUCUACAAAAGGAUUGAUACUAAAAAUGCAGAGAAACAGGAACUGAAUAUGAAUAAAUCUCUUCAGGCUAAGGACGUUGAUCCACCACUUCGUACGGACCUACGGAUGGCUCUCAGUAAAGACAAUGCCAUGUUUUUACAGGAACAAGAAACCAUGGCACAAAAGAAGAGCCAGUUAAGAAGGCCUGGUUCAGCAAGCACUUCUUCCUGGUUUAAUUGGCAGAAGCGCGAUGAAGAUGAUGAACCUCCAGGAAGCUGUGGGGGUGGGGGAGGGGGCCAGUAUGGGGACCUAGACACAUCAGGGGCAAAAUUUAUAUUCUGAGGAUUCUAAUGGAAUCUUUUAGGACUACUAUGAAUGAUUCAAAGAAAGUGAGAUAUACAUGAUAUUCUCAUUGUUUAUGUACUAGAAUGUAACAUAUAUAUUAUCUUUAUACAUGGAAAUCAACUUACAAAUCUAGCAUGUUGUAGUAUACUGAAACCUUGUUAACAUAGAUCUUCUGUAUCUGGUAAAGAUUGGACUGUAAAAAAUCAGGAUUUAUUUGCAUUGGCAUAGAAAUUCCUGUUUUAAUUUGGUAAUCUUAAAAAUUUGUUUUGCCACAUUGUAGCUAUUAAACCUACAUCAGAGACAAUUCCUAUUUUCCAAAGUGGAAUAUGUCAUCCAAGCCAAGUUUAAUGGGAUUUUACAGACAUUGUUUGAUACAAAGGUAAAGCUGCUAAUAAGAUAUACAUGUACAUGGAGAUGUUUAAUCUGAAGGUUGUAUGAGAUUCAUACUGUCAUAUCAAACAGCUUGUUGUUGUAAUAUCUGAUUUAAAGUAAUCUUCACCUCAGUGAGAAAUAUUAUAUCUGGGAUUGACAGGUAGCAUUCAAUCAUUUGAUGUGAUAUUACUAGAAACAGGUUUCCUCCCAAAACAAAAAAAUUCAAUUUUGUUUCCAUUAAUGAUUUUGUUUUCUACAUUGUAUGUAGAUAAUAAUAUACCAAGAUACAACAUGAUAAACAUUUGAUACGUAUACAUCAAGUAUAAAUUGAAGGUUAUCCACUACUGCAGUGCCUCCUUAUGUUGUGGGAUCCAUUACUUCCUUGUCUACCCUGGCCUAUAAAGGAUCUAGAUAAGCAGACUUUUUGUUAUGUUAUUAUACGUUGUAUAUAUUUUACAAAUGUUUGAGUUUGAAUUUCACUUUUUAGUGAUUUAGUUGUGGAAGUGCCAACAAAACCUGUUCAGCUGUAUACUAUUUAUCUUUUAUCUACUUGUUGUCUGACCAUUUACAGAUUAAACCAAAAUCCGUUUUUUCUUCCAUCCCAUGUUUAUAUACAUGUAAUAGAAUAUCAUAGAUUUUAAAGGUAAUUUUUCAAAUGUUUAAUUCAGUUGAAAGAUUGCUUUUUUACGUGUCAUAUUUGAAGACAUUUCAUCAGUAGUCUAUAUUUUUUGCAUUUUUGAUCUUUGAAUCAAAUACAGCAGCAUAUUGAAAUACACAUGCAAAUUAAAGAUACCAUGUUUUAAUAUUGCAAAAUCUAAAUAUAUUCAGACAUCGACUCAUUUAAGUAUUGCCACGAUCUCAUUUAUCUGGUUGAACUGAAAUCAAAGUAUAAGCUUCAAAGGUUUUGUCUAAUGAAUAGCAAAACAAUAAGAAGAUGACGUCUCUCCCGUUUCUAACAAUAUAUAAUGUUCUAACAAUAUAUAAUGUGUCUUAUUAUCUUGUUUUACACCUACAACUGGGCUGAAACUAUCGUCGGCCACAAUAUAUACAGAUAAGAGGCUAGUUAGCAUCUACAAUCUGUGCCAAUUGGUUCCUUUCAGGUUACAAUGGUUGAACGGUUCAUCCAGCAAAAUGGAAGCAGCCAUUUAAUCUUUAUUAUUUAUAAUUACUAGGCCAUGUAUCUUCUAGUAAAUAUCCAUACAGGCUGUGUUAAGAAUAGUGUAUACCUUUGGUAUAUUCUACUGUUCAUUAAAUACUAAGCUCCUCAAAUCAACAUUUUCAACUGUUAAUCACAAUUGUACAUAAUUAGGCAUUGCAUUUUGUACAACUUUCAACUUAUUGUAUAAGUACUGUGAUAGAGGUCAAGGAUGUAUUAAGCACCAAAGAUCAAAGAUUGCCAUAGAGGUCAAAGGUGAAACCUCAGCAAUUGAUUGUCAUAGAGGUCAAAGAUGAAACUUGUGUUGCUGGUUUGAGGAUGAAAGUUUUGUUCCAUAUACAGGUAGCAUAUCUCCCUUGAAGACUUAAAAUUUAUGGUAUUAAUCUGUGAGAACAUAAUCAAAGAACACAGGUCAAAAAGGUGAAAAAUUCAUAGUGAACAAAUAAAAUAAGUGAAGGUUAUUUGCACCACUUUGUAAAAAUUGGUUUGUGUUAGGAUGACCAGACAAACAGUAUGUGUAGUUAUCUUCACAGAUGACCAGACAAACAGUAUGUGUAGUUAUCUUCACGGAUGACCAGACAAACAGUAUGUGUAGUUAUCUUCACGGAUGACCAGACAAACAGUAUGUGUGGUUAUCUUCUCGGAUGACCAGACAAACAGUAUAUAUGUGGUUAUCUUCUCGGAUGACCAGACAAACAGUAUGUAUGGUUAUCUUCGCGGAUGACAAGACAAACAGUAUGUGUGGUUAUCUUCAUAGAUGACCAGACAAACAGUAUGUGUAGUUAUCUUCUCAGAUGACCAGACAAACAGUAUGUGUAGUUAUCUUCUCGGAUGACAAGACAAACAGUAUGUGUAGUUAUCUUCUCAGAUGAAUAGACAAACAGUAUGUGUAGUUAUCUUCUCAGAUGACCAGACAAACAGUAUGUGUGGUUAUCUUCACGGAUGACCAGACAAACAGUAUGUGUAGUUAUCUUCUCAGAUGACCAGACAAACAGUAUGUGUAGUUAUCUUCACGGAUGACCAGACAAACAGUAUGUGUGGUUAUCUUCACGGAUGACCAGACAAACAGUAUGUGUAGUUAUCUUCCAUAAACCCACAUCAAUCGGAUGACCCCGUUAUAUUUUUACCAGUAGUUAUAAAUCUAAAAAUGAUUGGUUGACACCUAAUGGGUCUAUUUGUAUGGUGCUGUUGUUACCAAAUGAUGUAUACUGGACAUGUUUAUCACAAUAUAAACUUCCCUUUAAAUGUUGGUAUCCAACAGUAAAUUAUCUAAAACACAUUGUACUUGUGAUAUUUCUAGGAAAUUGGAAUUUAAAUUUCUUCUGGAUUGAUACAGCUGGAGGGCUGAUUACAUUGACUGCAUGGCUUAAUGCUGUUAUCAAAUCCACAGAACAAAUUGUAUCUAUGUGUGUUAUUUAUAAUGACUUUAUUAAUACCCUAUGAUGAUGUAAUUGAAUGAAUAAUUGCUAUUAUUGGUGCAUACCUUAACAGUAAACAGUUUUAAUGAA